CGCUCUUCUUACACUCACUUGUAACCACACCUUAGGGGGCUCUACGGGCUAAAACCUCUAGGAAGACGUUUUGGAUCAGCUAGUGUACCCCGCUGCUAUAUAGUUUUUUUUCGUUCGCCAGGCUCACUGGUACUCCGAUUUCUGCCCCACGUUCCUUACUCAGCCAUGGAAUAAUGGGUUCUACUUUUGGAGGAGAGAAAGCCACAUGACUUCAAUUAAACGCUUGAUACUUGUUUGUUGCGGUUGUGUGGAUCGUGUGAUGUGCCUUGACCACUAAGACCAAGGGCCAGAUUAAUGGCCGGGUUGGUUGGGGCCGCUCUACAUUUUUUUAUAGCGUAAACUUGAGUUUGUAGUUUCCGGAGUUGAUCGUAUCUACCAGUCUGCUGCUACGACGGAGCCCACUAAAGUCGGGUGGAUGCACCCUUCCCGGUAUCUGUCCAGUUUUCAAGCAUGCACAAAAUGAUAUCUUCUAAGGUUAAUGGUUCCAUCAAUACCCUUAAGUCUACCCUUAGAUCUGAGUUUGGUCGGAAUUUUCAGCCUGGAGGUUCUGAGCGAGUCUCACGCCCGUGCCAAAGAUUUGUAAGUCGACUUUCCGGCAUCCGACACGGUGUAUCCUUUGUCCGGACGCAUAUGCUGCUCACUUUUCAGUAUCCAAACCCCUUCUCGGUUGCUCCAUUAUCGAGAAGUAAACCAACUGCAAACACUUUCAAAACUGCAAUAUCUCCUACCAUGGGAUUCGGGGUGUGCGCCUGUUUGUCGAGACAGUGUUGUGACACGUCUAUACACCCCUGCUCGUGACAUUCCCACCUGUCCCUCUAUAUACCUACAGCACUUUUUCUUUCACGGUAAUUUGGAUUAGCAUCACAGGAUUCUAUAAAUA